AUGAGAGAAUUUGUUCCUACUAUUCCAUUCCCUCAAAGGUUGAAGAAAAAAGAGCAAGAAAAGCAAUUUGCAAGAUUGCUUGAUGUCUUUAAAAAGCUCCACAUCAAUAUUCCGUUUGCUGAAGCAUUGAAGCAAAUGCCAAGCUAUGCUAAAUUCAUGAAGGACUUGUUGUCUAGAAAAAGAAAGCUUCAAGAAGAUGAAAUAAUAAUGCUCACAAAGGAGUGUAGUGCAAUAAUUCAACAAAAAUUACCUCCCAAGUUGAAGGAUCCAAGAAGCUUUGCAAUCCCAUGUGAGAUUGGAAAUUUAAUGGUAAGCAAGGCAUUGUGUCAUCUUGGAGCAAGCAUCAAUUUGAUGCCCUUGUCCAUUUUUAAAAGGUUGGGCAUUGGAGAAGUGAAGCCUACUAUGAUAACUCUACAACUGGCUGACCAUUCAGUAACUUAUCCGUAUGGUGUAGUGGAGGAUGUCUUCGUAAAGGUGGAUAAAUUUAUUUUCCCAGCUGACUUUGUGGUGCUUGACAUGGAGGAAGAUGCUAAAGUCCCAAUUAUAUUAGGAAGACCAUUUUUAGCCAUAGGGAGAGCAUUGAUAGAUGUCUAA